AGCAAGCUGCCUGCCACACAACCGCCCCAGUACAUGGGGAAGUCACGUAUAGCUAGUGCUAGCAACCAAAGAUAAACGACAAAAAAGCGAAAGUACACUAAAUUACCCGGACUACAGUCAAUCGUAGUUAAACUUCAACAGGUCAAUAAAUUGUAUAGGAAUAUAGCUCUGUAGUUAAUUACUAAUAAACCAAACUGGUUGAUGUAAGAACUCGGAAGUUAAUCAUGAUAGCUAACGUAUGGUAUUUGUGGAAAAAAGUAGCAAAGAUUUUCUAGCUAGCGUUUUGGAGUCGUUCGAUGGGAAAUAAGUAUUUAUCGGACUCUCCAGUCAGCUAACUUUCAAACAUACAACUAAUCGGAUUACCAAUAAUAACCACAGAUGCGUGUAAAUAAUUUUGCAGCUAUGUAGGCUACUUGAAUUGGACAAAGCAGGCCAGUUAGCCGAUACAGCGACGUUGCCGUGAGUCGGCCUCAGUCUGGAAACUGUUUUCCUCCUCCAUCUAGCGAUAGCUGACGUAGCCUAGCCUGCUAGCCUACAUAGUGCUAAUCGCAUUGCAUUGGCCAGACAACAAGAACAAUUCGAAUACAGUACGGGCAUUAGAGCGUUCGACAUGGAGGUUCUGUGUUUCCGGUUACCUGGCCACGGUGACGCCACCCUGCGGAAUAUGAACAGCCUGCGGUCGCGGCACCACUUCUGUGACGUCACCAUCGUCGCCAGCGACCGGCAAACUUUCCGGGGCCACAAAGUGGUGCUGGCCGCUUGCUCGCCUUUCCUGCGGGACCAGUUUCUACUCAACCCCUCCUCCGAACUAAAGGUGUCAGUGUUGCACAGCUCCAGUGUGGUGUGCGAGCUCCUCCAGUCUUGCUACACCGGCAUACUGCAGUUCAGCCCCAAGGAGAUCAUCAACUACCUGACGGCUGCAAGCUACCUGCAGAUGGAGCACGUGGUGGAGAAAUGCAGGGGAGCUUUGAGCCAGUACCUGCAGCCCAGAACCUCCAGCCCCCCAGGGACCAUAAAAUCAGAGGAGAGCGAGUCUAUGCUAGCUUUCGACAGUGGAGACCAACAUCCUCUUCGAUGCAGAUCGCCCCCUGCUGGAAGGGGGGUCUCACUGCAGCAGCGCAGAAAUUCCCAGGCCAGUACGGACACAGGCAAAGAAGCCAGCGCCUCACAGGGCAUUUCAGAGCUGGAGGUGAAAAGAACGGGACCUUCCGGAGAGUUCCACGAAGAGGAGGGGGAGCGGGAGGACUUCGAGGUCUUCCAGGUGUGCAUCGAGGACGAGGACGAAGGCAUUGAGGAGAGGAGGGAGGCGGGACAGGGGGAGGAGGAAGAGGAGGAGGGCAGAGGGGAGGUGGUGGUGGUGGCCCUGGACGGUAACCACGGCAACGACGACGAGGCCCACUUCGGGGGUCCCGCGGCGGGAAGGGAGGGGUACAGAAUGUUCCGGCGGAGACCCUGGGAGAUGGGGCGGGGCAGGGGGCGGGGCCUCCUGGCCAGACGGCGCGGCAAUCGAGACCGGAGGCUGGCGGGCGCCCCCCCGCCGCAGGAGUGGCGCAUCCCGACGCCGGACGAGAUAAUGGGGAGCUUCGGACUGGUCCACCCGGACUUCGGCCAGGAGGGGGAGGGCCUGGCGGCGGCCGGGGGGUACGAGCCCUCCGUCCGCGGCCCCCACCACCAGGCGGAGGCCGACGGGCCCCUGCGCGUGAGCUACGGGAUGGGCGAGGCCCAGGGCUUCGGGCUGGGGGAGGGCCCGGGGGCGGGGGAGCGGGAGGAGUCGGAGUCGGUGGCGGUGGUGGGGUCCACGUCCUGCGGGGUGGGGGUUGGCGGCGGCGGGGGGGCGGUGACCUGCGAGCACUGCGGCCUGGCCUUCCCCACGCCCGAGUCGCUGGCGCUGCACGCCAGCUCCGCCCACCAGGCAGCGCUCUUCUCCUGCCCGCGGUGCGGCAAGCACUUCAGCCACGCCUACCACCUGAGCCGCCACAUGAGCACGCACCGGGGCGGGCGCUGCCACCGCUGCCCGCUCUGCCACAAGACCUUCACCCAGAAGUCCACGCUGUGCGACCACAUGAACCUGCACAGCGGCGAGCGCCCACACCGCUGCGCCUACUGCCACGUGCGCUUCGCCCACAAGCCCGCGCUCCGCCGGCACCUGAAGGAGCAGCACGCCAAGACCACCGCCCAGAACUGCCUGGAGGCCCAGCGGGAGCGGGAGGGGGAGGGCUGUUACUCUCUGGGCAACCAAUAA